CCCGUAUGUAAAUUUCAGAUUUUUAGUAUAAAACUGGAAAGACUGCGGCAAAAUUGUGUAAGUUUACAAGCGAACAUCAGACAAAAUGGGGAAGAGCGUCCGAUUUUCCAUCUUCGUUGUCUCCAUGUGUCUAUGUUUGGUGUACACAUCAGGGUACAUUUUCGCCGGGCGACCAAAACAACAGCAGGGACGCCAACAACAACAACUACAAUAUCAGGGGCGACAACAACAACAACAAUCGCGAGGAGGAUACCAACAAAAGCAACAACAACAACCGCGGGGCGGGCGCCAACAACGACAACCCAUGCCCUUGUGUGUGAUGGACUGUCUGGCCGAGUGGUUUCCUUGUGAGUACGAAUGCAGGGUGGACUGGGGCAGCAAUCGCCGUCAACUCAGAACCUGUACCAAAGAAUGCGAGCAAGAGAGGGCGUCUUGCAUGACCGGAUCUUCCGAUCCAGCGUGUAGCAACAAUAAAGCCAACAACCAGCUUCACGUGCAGUUCAAGACCUUGUAGAAUAUGAUCUCUCUCUGAUGGAACAUAGGGCAAAAAUGUAUUUAAUUUUUGUUCUUGCGGACAAAUAUUCUGUUAUAUUUGUAGUGUUGGUCAUGUGAACUUGUUUUUUUUUUUUUGAAAUACAAACUUUAGAAAACUGAA